GCGGUAAAAAGUCAUUAUUGUGAACGGCCGGGGGUAUUGUUUUUCUUUAUCCCAAUUUUGCUUCGGAUGCUGUGAAAAUUCGUCUAUCUUACACAGUCCCACAGUAAAAGCUGCCAUUCCUUUCAAGUUUCACUUACCAAAUACAGAAUUGCAUUCCCUGAACUGAAUUGAAGGUUCAAUAUUUCAAUUAUGUCAAUCACAAAACAGAAAAGGAUUCUUGUCUAUAAUUACUGCAUUCUUUUGACUUGGCGGCUAUGAAAGUCCGUCCAGUGAAGCCUCACUUUUUCAAACCUAUUCAGCCAGGUUUCAAGCAUGCUCUGAAAAUUCCUAAAGGUUUUCUGAAGUAUCUAAAUGGACGUAAGCAUGAACAUGCAGUACUGAGAAGGGCGGAUAAAAAGUGGCUGGUAAAGGUGAAUGGAUAUCGAUUCGAAGAGGGUUGGGCAGAAUUUGUGGAGGAAAAUGAUUUGCAGCUGGGAGAUAUGUUGGUGUUCAGACAUGAAGGAAACAUGAAGUUUGAGGUAAUCAUCUUUGAUUCAAGUCACUGUGACAGAGAAUAUGCGGAGUAUUUGCAAGAAGAAGAAGCAGCAACACCAACAGCACAUACUUUUGGAGAGACUUCCAAGAAUUUUGAAUUUAAAGAUACUAACAACUACGCCUCAAUCCCAAGUGGGGAUCGACUAUAUGGAUCCUUACCAUCCAUGUCGUGCCAUUUAAGCCAUUCAGGAAAUACAGACGAUGUAAUAGAAAUACCAAGCCCCGACAUCAAUUCGUCAGACGAGGAUUCUUCACAUGCGGAAGCUGCUACUGACAAGCAUGUUGGUCAUUCUCAUUUUAUAUGCACUAUUAGACCAUAUUGCCUAACAUGUGGUUACUUGCGCCUUCCUCAACAAUUUGCAAAUGGUCUCUCCAACAAGAAGUGCGAUUUGUUUAUAAGAGAUGAAAGACAAAGGCUGUGGAAUUUAAAGCUGAGUUCUGAUUGCAAAGAUCGAGUCUAUAUUGGAGAUGGCUGGCGUAAAUUCAUUGCUGAUAAUUGCUUAAAGGUGGGAGAACGUAUAAUGUUUGAGGUUGUUAGUGAUGGAAAAACCGAGUCUACAUGGAAAUUUCAUGUUACUGACGCAGAAACUCCAAAGCAGAAGUUUCAAGAUUUGAGAGCAAAUGCAUCACUUCAUCCCGAAGGAAAGAAGCCUGAUUUGGAUGCUAAUAGAUAUUCCACUCAAGGCCUCAGGAUUGAGACGUCAGAUAUGACUGCUCCAAAAGCACAAGUACCUGCUUCAACAUCUGCUAAUAAUGCUUACCCUCAUUUUAUUUCUACUAUUAAGCCUUAUUCCAUCAAAAGACCUCGUCUCUAUCUUCAAGCGGAUUUUGCAAAAUCAAAUGGCUUAAUGAAUAGACGUUGUGAGAUGAUUAUCACAGAUGAGAAACAGAGAUCAUGGUCGGUGCAGCUCGGACCAACAGGACAUCACGUUGCAAUUACCAGGGGAUGGACAAAAUUCGUGAAAGCAAAUGAUGUCCAAGUAGGAGAUACUUUUAAGUUUGAACUCAUCAACAACGGAACAAUACCUAUAGCAUACUUCCAUUGUAAAUAUUCUGGGAAGGAUACCAAGCAAAGCCAUUGACAAGUUAGUGAAGCAGUUGGUGAUGGGCAAGGGGAAAGGAGCAUUGAAGAAUAUGGUGUUUUUGGAUUUACUACUUAGUUGCCUAAUCUCAACAGAGGAUGUACCUUGUUUUGCUUUGUUGCUUUAAGAAACCUCCAUUAUACGUAAUAUCUUGAUUUUGCCCUACAUUUUGGAUUAAUUCAUAUUCUUGCCGCUAGCAAAUUGUCUCGUA